GAGGAAUCUUGCCUGCGCAGAGAGAGGGAGGAGGACGUCACAACGGCUCUCCUUUCUUUCCCGGUUCGGCCUUCUCCAAACGGUUCUGCCAGAAGAAUCUCAAUUGUUCCUUCUCGGAUUCUGGGUUUGUCUUCCAAUAGCCAUCCGGUUCGCGCGGCAGUAUCUUCCAUUUCCUUUUUUGCUGCUCGUCUGCCAUGUAGAUAGAUGAACUAUAUUCUGUUUUGUGGGGGGUUCUUCUGAUUCAUGUUCAUCUUUGAGAGGGGUUUUUUGCUGCUUUCUUCUCUCUUGAUUUUUCGAUUGGUGGGUUUGGUUCUGUUUCUCCUUUUGGUUUCUGGGAUUUGCCGCUUGUUAUUGGAAAUUCGCGGGAAAAUCAAGUCAUUAGUUGCUUCUAGUUUAAGCCAAAGUCUGUUCCUUUUUCUGGAUUGAAUUAAGGUUGCUCAAGUUUGUCUGAUAUGGAGAGGAAUUAUGGUAAUGAUGAACCAUCAAUGGCUCGCAUCCAGCAAUUGGAGUAUGGUCUUCAGAAUGGAGAUACUGCUACAAGUGCUAUUAAACAGGUUGCUUCAGGACGUUUUGGUGUCACUCCAACUUUCUUGGUUAACGCUGAUCAACUAGAAAUAAAAAUAGCACAAGGUGCCAAACCUGGUGAAGGGGGCCAACUGCCUGGGCAGAAAGUUAGUGCAUAUAUUGCCAGGUUGAGGAAUUCUAAGCCUGGGGUUCCACUUAUCUCUCCACCACCCCAUCAUGAUAUCUAUUCCAUUGAAGAUCUUGCUCAGUUGAUCUUUGAUCUCCAUCAGGUCAACCCUAGGGCUAAGGUCUCUGUGAAGCUGGUAUUGGCACAGUUGCUUCUGGUGUUGCAAAGGCUAAUGCUGAUAUUAUUCAGGUAUUGUCUUAUGAAUAAAAUGAUCCUUUUGGCCAUCUUAAUAUCAGGGCAUGAUGGUGGAACAGGAGCCAGCCCCAUUAGUUCCAUUAAGCAUGCUGGUGGUCCUUGGGAACUUGGGCUAACAGAAACUCAUCAGACCCUCAUCAAUAACGGACUGAGAGAAAGGGUAAUUCUUCGAGUCGAUGGUGGCUUCAAGAGUGGCUUUGAUGUCAUGAUGGCUGCAGCAAUGGGAGCCGACGAGUAUGGAUUCGGUUCUGUUGCUAUGAUCGCUACUGGUUGUGUUAUGGCCCGUAUUUGCCACACGAAUAAUUGCCCAGUUGGUGUUGCCAGUCAGAGGGAAGAACUACGUGCUCGGUUUCCUGGCGUGCCAGCUGAUCUGGUUAAUUACUUUCUGUAUGUUGCUGAGGAGGUAAGAGGCGUGCUGGCAGAAUUGGGUUACCAGAAGUUAGACGAUAUAAUUGGGAAAACAGACAUACUAAAACCACGAGACAUCUCCCUUGUGAAAACCCAGCAUCUUGAUCUAAGUUAUGUGCUCUCGAUUGCAGAUGCAAUUGAGAAGGAAAAGGUUGUUAACAAGACUUUUCAUAUAUUCAAUGUGGACCGUGCUGUCUGUGGGCGGAUAUCUGGUGCAAUGGCCAAGAAAUACGGCGAUACUGGUUUCGCUGGACAACUGAACAUAACGUUUAAUGGGAGUGCAGGUCAGUCAUUUGGAUGUUUUUUGACUCCCGGGAUGAAUGUCCGGCUUGUAGGAGAAGCAAAUGAUUAUGUUGGAAUAAAGGGUAUGGCUGGAGGAGAGCUGGUGGUCACUCCAGUAGACAACGCAGGGUUUUGCCCUGAGGAAGCUGCCAUUGUUGGGAACACCUGUCUCCACUGGUGGGCAAGUCUUCGUUCGAGGGAAAGCUGGGGAACGGUUGGGCGAAUUGUGGCUGCUGGCAUGACUGGAGGUUUGGCGUACAUGCUCGACGAUGACGAUACCUUGAUACCCAAGAUAAACAAGGAAAUAGUGAAGGUACAAAGAGUGACUGCUCCAGUUGGUCAAAUGCAGCUCAAGAGCCUCAUUGAAGCUCAUGUUGAAAAGACCGGUAGCGCGAAAGGCGCUGCUAUCCUCGAGGAAUGGGAGAAAUACCUCCCUCUCUUCUGGCAGCUGGUUCCUCCCAGCGAAGAGGACACGCCGGAGGCUUGCGCGUUGUCCGAGGCCACCGCCGCCGACCAAGUCACCACCUUUCAGUCCACUUAAGAUGUAAAGACAAAUUGUUGAAAUGGCUAUUGGCCGGCGGCAGCAGCAGCAGCAUGAACAUGGCAAUGCCAUAACAAAAAGAAGACAUUAUUUCCCGUCGACCUCGUCGUAGGACUGUUGGCCUGUGGUAUCAAGAUAAGCAAAUAAGCGGCGGAGGCCAUUGUUAAGGCGAUGGCAAUACCAAUGGCGGCAAUGUGCUGCACAGAAUGUAUAGUUUGGGUAAAAAAUUUCUCCUGCCGCAAGAUAAUGUAACCAUAUAGCCUGUCCAGUUGCUUUCUUUUGUAUAUCUUUUGGGCGGUUAUGCUGUUACGUACUUGUGCUUAGAUUGGAAAUGCAAUAGC